UCAAGAAAAAAAAAUACUAGAAGAAAAGAAAAACUCGACAAAGAAGGAAAAGCAAGAGGAAUUAAAGGAUCUCCAAAUUAGGUGAGUUCAAUCAAUGGUUUUUAAUUUUGUGGUUAAUAGAUCUCCAAAUUGUAUUUUUCCUUCCUUUUUCAUAGACAUAAAGAUGGGAGGUAACAGUAGUCAAGAUUGUUUUUUGAUUUUUUUGUCCCGAAGAAAAGAAGUGGGAGUUGAAGAGGAGAGAAAUUUAGUGGAUCAAAAAAAAAAAAAAAGGUGAGAAAUAUAAACACUUGCGAAAAAAAUUCAAAACAUUAUGUACAAAAGUAUUUUAUUGCAGCAAGAACUGAAGAUUGGAGAGCAGAUCAAGGUCGAAAUGCCGAUUGGAGAGCAGAUCAAAGAUGAAAAACGCAAGAUCGAAGAUGAAAAAUGCUGGAUCAAAGUUGAAAAAAGUAGGAUUGAAGAUGAAAAACGCAGGAUCGAAGAUGAAAAACGCAAGAUUAAAGAUGAAAAACGCAGGAUCGUAGAUGAAAAACGCUGGAUCGAAGAUGAAAAACGCACAAUCGAAGAUGAAAAACGCAGGAUCGAAGAUGAAAAACGCAGGAUCAAAGAUGAUAAACGCUGGAUCGAAGAUGAAAAACGCUGGAUCAAAGUUGAAAAACGAGCGAUCGAAGAUGAAAAACGCAGGAUCGAAGAUGAAAAACGCAAGAUCAAUGAUGAAAAACGCAAGACCAAAAAUGAAAAACGCAGGAAUUGAAGCCUGUUUGCUCACCCAAAAAGAUGUGAGAGAGAGUUUCAAGACAGAACUGGGGACGAUGAAUGGGAUGCCUUCCGAGAAACAAUAGUCACUUCUGAGACUUCAGCUUGUAUGACUGUUUUCUUCAGUUUGUAUGUGCGCUUGUUAUACCGUAUUUAUGUAAGGAAAUAUCCUGAAGUUCAUACCUAGCUUGUAGUUGAAUGUGUAAGAUAUAUAUCUGCAGCAUUUUGUAGCAUUUGAUGUUGCCGUUGUUGCUGAUGCCUGACGAUGUUUGUGUCCUUGGAAUAAACUGACGUAUUCGCGCGUUA